GCUAUAGACCAGUGCGCCACGGUUCAGUUUAAUAGAAUGCUGUCACUGGCUCUCUAGACUAGGAUAUAAUAGUUUUCUCUUAUUGGUCGGCUCCCAACAUCGCCACCGGGAGAGUGUAUAAAAUGCAUCGUAGUCGCUCAAGAAGAGCAAGUCCAGCUCUGUUAUCUGGGGUGCAGAGCAGCCAGAGCCACAGCCACAGCCAGAGCCAGCCAGCCAGCCUAGUUCCGCAAACAGUGUGAGAUCCAGAGGAGGCAAGAGAAAACACCUGUUACGGAAGAAUCAAGUCGACAAGGCAGCCUCCACGUAUUCAACAGAGAAACACCCCCGUAUCUCACUUGCUGAAGCCCAGUAGGACCAUGUGGGUUCUGGACAAGAUCCGUGGGUCGGUAGAAACAACUGUACUCCGGAGGGGGGAGAAUGGAGACAAGGAGGGAAAUACUCCAGCCUACAGCAAUGUUCUCACCCCUGAUAAGAUCCCUGACUUCUUUAUUCCCCCCAAGCUGGUUUCCUGCCCCCCAGAGUCUGAGACCCUGGACGUCGUCAAGCCCAAGGAGGGCCUUUGGCUCUCGGCCUCUGAGCAGACCAUUGACAGUAAGAAAAUCAGCAGUCCUCAAAGUCCUCGUCUGGUCGUCAAGCUGGCUGGGGACACCAAGAACCUGCUGAGGGCAGCAAACCGUCACAUCAUCCAGAUAGAGAGCGCUGAUGAUGUGGUGGCAGGGGACACCAAUGCUGACCCUCAGUCUCAGACUGCAAUGUCACUGCCCUACGUCCCCAAGACCCAGACCUCCUAUGGUUUUGCCACUCUGAUGGAGAGCCCCCACACCCGCCGCAAGGAGUCCCUUUUCCACUGUGACCAGACCAGCCCCCUGACCUCCCCCAACUUCCAGCGGAAGGGGAAGAGCAGCGUCAGCGAGGGCAACCACCUCAACCCCCCUGUCUUCAACGCCUCUCACAACCCGUACCGCUACUUUAGUGGAGGGGAGAGUGACACCUGUUCCUCGGCUGAGUCCUCCCCCUUCAGCUCCCCGCUGCUCUCCCGCUCUGCCUCGCUGCUCAAGAUCUUCACACAUGAGACGCAGGCCAAGGUGGUGAAGGCCAAGAGCAAGUUUGCCCGCCACAGCUCCUUAUCCACAGACGAGUGCAGCUCUGCCGAGCCCAGUCCCAACGUGCCGCGGCGUCUCCACUCCCCUUCCCUCCACGGUAGUGGGCCGUCGGACCGUGAGCACACCAUUAACCUGCAGAAUGGCGGCAGGGUGAGGCUAAGCGCCGACUACGAUGCCGGCACAGCCCGCCUGCGCAUCCGUGUUCUGGCUGCCGAAGAGCUAUACGACAAGGUGUACGACAUCAAGAGCAUCAACUGCUGCGUGUCGCUGUACCUGAACCCUGGCAAGCUGCAGAAACAGAGGAGCACUAUCAUCAAGAACAGCCGGAAUCCUGUUUUCAAUGAGGACUUCUUCUUUGACUCUGUGACCUCCGUGCAGGUGAAGAACCUGGCAGUGAAGAUCAAGGUGGUGAAUAAGGGCACCAGCCUGAAGAGAGACACUCUGCUCGGGGAGAGAGAGAUCCCUCUGGAGAAGCUGAUCCAUGACCUCUAGAUUUGUCCUGGAGAUACAGAACAUAACUUUGACUGACACUGAAUGAGACUAUGAAUGAUAAAGUGCAUGAAUGGAAGAGAUAUAGUUUGGGAUUGAUGUUUGCUUGGUGCCCCACAGAGAACUGUCUGAAAGGAGCAGUUCAUUUAUAGUCACUGACUGUUUGGUCUGGUCUAGCAGCUCGUCUUGUAGCUGGUCACCUCCUCAACCUUCUGUUCCCUGAGCCUGCAGCCCUGCACAGCCCAACUUCCAGAUCAUGUGGUGGACAAUCAAAUAUGGCACAGGUCAAAAGACACCUGCGCAUUUGAUUGACUCACUUUUUGUACUCUCUUGAUCUCAAUGUUUUAUGUUGCAUAGUUGUAACUUAAUGCGACUCAUCCUCAGACGAUUCAGUGUUAAUUCAGUUCAGCACUACAACACUUUUAUGGAUCUGUGGGUCUACUAUAUCCUGAUUGUUGUUGCCAUCUACAGUACCACCUAGAGGGAGGACCAAUCUGUGGUGUGACCACAAUGUCCCAAACCUGGAGGAUAGAGAUCAGACAUCCCCGUAUGCAUCCUCGUCCGCUUGGCAUGAAUAUGUAAAUGCAGUUAUACAUUAGCAGUUUGUACUUCAGUUUCAUAACACUCACAAACCAUAGAGAGAGGGAGAAUGCAUGUCAUUUUAAAGGGUGUUUACCAAGUGGUUGAACUUGAUUUUAUACAUAAAUGUGGUAAUUGUGUGAGACAUGACUCAGUAUGGUGUAUGUGUGAAUUUGUUAUCAAUAUACAACAUUAUGACUUGUUUGUUAAUUGUCUAUUAUGUACUGCUCUCUGCUGGAGAGUGAAUGAUUGGCAGCCCCCCUGUGUAGACAAGCCACGAGAUGAGUAGACUGAGAAAGGCAAAAAAAAAGAACAGUAACACAACAAUAUUUAAGGAUAGUAUUCUAUUCUCUAUUCUAUUCUCUAUUAUAUCUUUCUAUUCUAUGAAGGAUAGUCUUCUAUUCUCUGCAUGUGCUCUGCUGUCCUUUAAAAUGAAUUAGAAUAAAUGUGGUCUGAUUGCAAUUUCAAGUAGGAGACAGAGGUUGUUUCUGAAGAUGGUUAAAGGGUCAACACAUCGAUCAGUCGUUGAGAUAUGUAGUCAUUUAACCAUGUCAGACAUCACUGAUGUUUUACAGUAUGUAGCCAGUGUUUUUGUGGGUUUACAUUCCUGUUAUGUUCGAACCUCGACUAUACAAAAGCUCUCCCCAACACCAUUGCUUUUCUCCAAGCUUAUACUUUAUAAAACUCUUGUUGCUGUAUGUGUGAUCAUUUUGUUAUUGUGAAAAAGCAGUAUGAUACUAUAAAAUAAUUUAUUUGUGGGUGUUUAUACUAUCUAUACCUGCUGUACAUGGGAGUGUGCUCACUGAGUUGUAACCAAUCCCUUUUUUGGCUUACAUCAGCAUGACUAAGAAACAUCAAUAUUGUCAGUAGAUUUGAUUAAACUUAAUUUUAGUAGACCGG